AACGGAAAAAGAAUUUGAAGAGACAUUUCGACAUCUUUUUUGAACAAGGGUAUUUUUGUGAAUAAUUUGUAGAUGUUUUAUUGGAGUUACAUUUAAUCUUUAUAUGUGAAAGACAAUGUCGGCUCAGCCGUCUGGAGGGUGCCGCGGUAACUGGAAGAACUACGCCUCGACAGAAGCGGAAGAAGAAGCAUUCGACUAUGUGAAAUGGAGAGUCAAUCCAAAACCUACGGGGUUCGUGGGUUCCGUGGCGCACGUAAUCAAGGGCGCGCUCGGCGGAGGCAUCUUGGGCGGCCACGUAGCAUUUAUGAAGGCUGGCCUGGUCGCUAUGCCUUUUGUCUUAAUUUUCGGAGUGUACAUGACAUACUGCUUGUAUAUUCUAGUGCGAUCGGCGCAGGUGCUGUUCAAGAGAACCCGGGUCUCCUCAAUGUCGUACCCUGACGUUGGCGAAGCAGCCAUGGCUUGCUUCCCGAAUCCUCGUGUGGCGAAAUGGGCAACCGUUUUCAGGUAUUCCAUCGAUGCCAUCAUCUGCCUCGAUCUGUUUGGCGCGUGCGCAUGUUACCAGCUCAUAAUCGCUAAAUCCAUCAAGCAGCUUGUAGAGGAUACCCAAAAACCUACUAUCGCAGGCUUAGGACCUGGAUAUCCUGAUCUAAGGGUCUACUUGGCGGCCAUGAUAAUUCCUGUGAUAUGUAUUUGUCUGAUAACACAUUUGAAAUACUUGGCCCCGUUUUCCAUUGCUGCUAACGCAGUCGUAUUGCUGUGCGUAUUUAUAACAGUCUAUUACGCUAUGCUCAACAACCCUGGCUUCAAGGGAAUGCAGGCGAGCACGACGGUGUACAGCUUUUUCGAGUUCGUGGGCAUGACCGUGUUCAGCAUGUCCUGCGUGGGCGUGGUGAUACCUAUCGAGAACAACAUGAAGGACCCCAGAUUGUAUCCAAAGGCGUUGGUCACUGGCAUGGCUUUCAAUAUAACAGCUGUUUCCUUGGUGUCCUUCUUCGGAUAUGUCGGUUACUUGGAAGCAUGUGAAUCUCCUAUCACUGUCAACUUUCCAAUGACAAUAUUCCCGAAGAUCCUGAAAGGUCUAAUUGCCAUGAUGAUCUACGUGACUCACGCUCUCAACUUCUGGGUGCCGUUCAACCUGGUGUUUUUCUACCUCAAGUCUUUGCACAAGCAGGAAGACGAGUACAAAUGGGAGCUUAUUUACAGGGCCAUUAUUGUUACAAUUAUAGGGAUUGUGGCCAUUGUGUUCCCCAGUAUCAACGCUCUUAUGGGAUUUCUUGGCGCCUUCUGCCUGUCUAACAUGGCGUUCAUUUGGCCCAACAUGAUCUAUUUAAUGGUGGUCUGGCAGAGACCCGGCCUGGGCAAGUACAAGUGGCGGCUGUGGAAGUCUAUCAUUCUCAUCAUCAUUGGCCUCUUCAUAUUCUUGUGCAGUAGCAUCGUCAAUAUCAAUGAGCUGGCGACCAUAUUUAGAUAGACGAAGCAUUUUAUCUUAUUAUACUCUAUUCACGGAAGAAGUAUAGGGUUCUCUCUAUUAUGUAGAAGAGGUCAAAGAGCCAAAAAUCUCAGUGGGCGUUAACCAUUUUGAGUUCCUAACCAAUCACAAACAAAAUUAUGUUUUCGAAUUGAAUUUAGAACGUUUUUUGAACAGUCAGUUCGCCUAAUGGGACACGGUCUUUAGAAAUC